GUCUACUUACUGACCAAAACAGGGAACGCGAGAAACUUUGAUGCUUUUUUCACGCGUUAGUCCAACUGCCUAAAGGCAAUUGCCCGACGGUUAGGUUAUUAAUAUGUUGCCACAUCAAGCGAUAAAACUGGGCAGGAAUGAAUAGUGUGCUGGUUAAGAAAGGCGUUUCGCGUGGUAUCUAUGGACUGUUCAUUCUGUCAAGAGCUUGCAAUUUGGCGGUUAGGUUCGUCGUUUCCUGUUGGCAAAUUGCUGGUGGGCGGGCUGCUAUCCUUUUCUUGUGUGUCAUACCGUCCAAGUCCAAAAGGCCAGUAGUUCGUUGCUAUCUAUUUAUUCUUGUUAUCAUUCCACACCUCCUUCCUCCACCUUUCUGUCUCGUUGCGCAUAAUAGGAUGUCUUCCACUGCAUAAUAAUGAAAUGAACAGUCGCGCCUCGGCGCGUGCUUUUGCUGGCAGUUUUUGUCGUCAUCAUCGAUGCGCUCCCACAAAUGAGCAAUUUCCCUUUGGCACCUUGACCUCAACCUCCACCGUCGCCCUCUACGCAGCUAGAGCACACAUCUCAAUGGACACCUUUCUUGCAACGAUUCGCUCGCGGCUCGAGUCAGAGCCUGCUGCGAAUGUCAUCCUCGUCACAGGGAACGAAUCAGCUGACCUUGACUCGAUCAUUUCAGCUUUGACCACAUCUUUUUUCUUGUCGCGUCUCCAAGCCAACAAGAAUACGAUCGUCGUUCCGUUUCUCAACAUCCCUCAGGCCGACCUGGCCCUCCGGUCCGAUGUCGAAUACGUCCUCUCCGCCAAUCAUAUCAACCGCGACCAGCUCUUUUUCAGAGAUCAACUCCCGAUCUUUGAACAGCUUCUGUCCAAGGACCAGCUCUUGUUAUUCCUAGUCGACCACAACAAGAUUGCGGGCACCAUGUCCUCAUUGAAAGAUGCCAAGGUCGUCGGAGUCAUCGAUCAUCACGCGGACGAAAAUCUGUACUUUGAUACGGCCAAUCCACGAAGGAUUGAGAUGGUUGGAUCAUGCACUAGUCUGGUAGCGGACGAGUUUUUCAAGAACGCCAUUGCCGCGAUCGACGAGGACGAGAAGGAAACUAGCAACGACAAUGAGAAGUGUCCCUCCUGGGUACAGCAGGUAGCCAGAUUGCUGCUGGGGCCCAUUUUGAUUGACACUAUGAACUUGAACCCUGCCAUGAAAAAGGUCAAGCCCUUGGACACCGCCAUGGCGAACUUGAUUUUCCCUUACGCCCAUCUGGAAUCUAUGGAGGAGCUCUAUCGCAGGAUCGACGAUGCCCGAAAGGACACCUCCAGACUCUCAUGCUACGAUCUGCUGAGGAAGGAUUAUAAGGAGUGGACAGUAAUCCAGCAUCCCGGCAACCAAGAGGUCAAGGUCGGCAUCAGCAGCGUCAUUGGACUGAUGGCCAAGUACGUUGACCGUGAUGGCAAAGAGAGCAUUCAUCAGGCAAUCGAUCAAUGGGCCAAGAACCGCACGCUCGACUUGUGCAUCGUCCUGUUGGCGGAUGAUCCGGGCGAAGAGCAUGGUGGAUACCAACGGCAGGUGAUUGUGAACCCAAUCUCAAGUUCAGUCAUGGAUAUUCCGGGUCAGAUGGAGAAGAUUUCAGAUUUGCAGCUGGAGCGGACAACUCUUGUUGAUACAGCGGACCUUGUCAGCAGAGGCAGACGGGCUUAUUUACAGCACAACAGCACAUGCACCCGCAAGCAGGUCUGGCCCAUGGUUGAGAAGUUGUUGACCCAACCUGCCCAGACCUCAAACCUUUGAAUGAUGGCGUUUAACAACUUCCAGAAAGACUUAGAUUUCUAUCCAUCAUGUGUCGUAGACAUAUAUAUGUGAUCCCGAUAGCUGGAUUCAAGCAAAAUUCAAGCGAGGAAGCAUUGUGUUAUG